GCCAAAACGGUCCGGAGAACAGUUGGCAAGACUGAAGACAACAUACACUCUUGACGACCGCUAUACUUUGAAGUGUGUCGUCUGUAUGUGAGAAAUCGUUUUGACGUUCUCUGUGCAUCAGAAUAAGAAGUAUGGCCCACUGAAUGUUAAAUUACCUGUGUAAAACAACACACGUCAUAUGUGCAAGUAAAUGUUGUUGGCAGUCCAAUGUUUGCAACAUGACUCGCGCUUAAUUUUGGGGUAACAACUGGCCAAUAUCGUUUGAUCAAUAUCUUGAAAGUGGGUUAGGAUGUCGUAUCGAAAUGAAAACAAAGAGGUCUUAGCCAGGCAAUUUUAACCUGGGCUCCCUCGGGGAGCCCCGACUGAUCCGUUUCGAACUCUACCGACGAUAAGAUGUCGAACCAGUUCAACGACGACAUGGACAUGGAGAUGGGUCCGCGGGUGAUGAUGGUGCGCGAGCUGGAGGCCAACCAGGACUCGAGCUUGGACGACGAGUCCGAGGAGGACGAGGAUGACCGCUGGCGCGAGCUCGCGCGCGGCCAGGACGUGCCCUCGGACUAUUGGCACAUCCAGAAGCUCAUCAAGUACAUGAAGGUAGGCAACCAGACGGCCACCACCGUGGCUCUGGCGUGCCUCAAGGACCAGGACCUGAGCUCCGAUACGAACCAGAUGGCCAUCAGGGAAUGCGGGGGGAUGGAGGUGCUGGUGAACCUACUCGAGGCGCAGGAGCUCAAGUGUAAGCUCGGCGCGCUCGCCGUCCUGAAAGUCAUCUCCCUCAACAUCGACUGCCGGCGGGCCAUCACGGACCUCGGCGGGGUGCAGCAGCUCGUCGAGAUCCUGGACGACCCCGCGCGCGACCUCCAGAUCCUGGCGGCCGAGACGAUCGCCAACGUGUGCAAGAUCAGGAAGGCCAGGAAGAUCGUGCGCAAGUCGGGCGGCAUUCCCAAGCUGGUCGACCUCCUGGACGCCGACGCGCACAUCCUCGAGACGCCCCGCUCGUCCAUGCCCCCCGAGGAGGUGGAGCUGGUGGACGUGGUGGUGGCCGGCGCGCGCGCCUUGUGGGCGCUGUCCACCUCGCAGAAGAACAAGGAGGCCAUGAGGAAGACCGGCGUGGUGCGGCUGCUCGCCAGGCUGCUGCGCUCCGGCCACAACGACAUCAUCGUCCCCAUCAUGGGCACGGUGCAGCAGUGCGCCACUGAGGCCAAUUUUCAACUGGCUAUCCAGACCGAGGGGAUGAUACCCGAUCUCGUGGAGUAUCUGUCCACCGAAAACACGGAAAUCCAGAAACACUGCGCUUCCGCAAUUUUCAAGUGCGCGGAGGACCCCGUCACGCGGGACAUCGUGCGGGAGCACGGUGGGUUAGAACCGCUGGUCGAGCUAGUCAAGGACGAACGCCUGCUAGAGGACAAGCCCCUCAUCGCCGCAGUCACCGGGGCCAUCUGGAAGUGCGCCAUCAGCCUGGAGAACGUCAAAAAGCUCAAUUUGCUCGGCAUUAUCCCAGUGAUGACGCGGCUGCUCCAGGACCAGGACAAAGAGGUCGUCACCAACGUGGUCGGCGCGCUCGCCGAGUGCUGCAAGGUGGCGGCCAACCGGUCCGAGGUCCGCGCGCACAACGCCAUCAAGCCCCUGGUGCUGCACCUGAACGGCACGCACCAGCCGCUGCUGCGCAACGUGGCCCGCGCCCUCAACGAGUGCGCCAAGGACAAGGAGUGCAUGCUGGAGAUCGAGGAGCUGGACGGCGUGCGCCUCAUCUGGUCGCUGCUCAAGAACGACAGCCCGGACGUGCAGGCCGAGGCGGCCUGGGCCCUGUGCCCCUGCAUCAUGAACGCCACGGACUCGGGCGAGAUGGUGCGCUCGUUCGUGGGCGGGCUGGAGCUCAUCGUGUCGCUGCUCAAGUCCCCGCACACCAACGUGCUGGCGUCCGUGUGCGCGGCCCUGGCGCGCGUCGCCCUGGACAGGGAGAACCUGGCCGUCAUCACGGACCACGGCGUCGUGCCCAUGCUGGCCCAGCUCGUGCUCACGCUCGACGCGCAGGACAAGGAGCGCACCAGGAGCCGGCGGAGGGCGCGGCCCGGCAACAGCUCCGCCAGGAAGCAGGAGCAGGACAAGUUCUCCGAGGUGACCGGCGAGGCGACGCACUGCCGCGCCGAGCCACCACACCAGGCCGCACCUGGCCACUCUUCUUCACUACUGCUCUGUCUUUCUCUCUUCCUCCCAGCACUACGCUAUUUUAUACCUUUCUUCUUCCUCUCCUCCUCUGUCCACGUCCAUAUUUUAAGUCGUUUCGACCGCCGCCGUGCGAUGAGGACUAUAAGCACUAUAAGCGUGCGGCCCGUAACACCGGAGCCAAAGCAGAAUGCCGCACGCGGGGCCACCGCGGAACCCUCAGACGUGACCAGCGCUAGCUGGACGCUGGUGGCCUGACGGCGUGACCCGAGUAUUUAACGGGUGGCUCCAGUUCGCUAUGAACAAGCAAUCGUGAUAGCCCCAUUUUCAAUUAUUUGAAGCUAUCCUAUAAGACAAAGCUGACCCUCCGGUCUGUCAAGGGCGUGCUCGGCUCGGGUGUGCUGCCCUCACGACAGGCAGUCACUCCUCGGGGGGUCAACCCUUGUUCCGGGCGUCCCUUAGUACAGUAAUCAGCUUCAUUCCCCAUUUCAAACCCUUUUCUCAACGUUUUUGGCUUAAUUUAAUGCAUGAUAUUGGUCAUUUUUCUUAGAACUGCUGUUUUUCU